AUGUCGAGUGUCAAGAAGAGAAGAAUGAGCGGUGAAGCAGGUCCCUCUGAACCCGCUGUAUCUAAACUUCCUGAAAGGGAGAUCAACAGGGCUCGCGUGCCUCGUCCUUCCACGAAGGAUUACGUUGUUCGACCAAAAUCGAAUGUCGAAGGAGAGUUUAAGGGCGAGCGCAAAGGGAAGGCGUUUGCACGUCUCGAUAAAGCACAUCGUGAGUUUUUGGAAAGAACCAGAAAACUGAAAGCUAAACGGGCAAUAGGCGUGUCUCUUGAAGGAAGAAAUAUGGCGUUGUGA